AUGGUCUUCAGGGCGCCCCAGGGGCCCGAGGCUCGAUAUGCGCACCUGCUGCAGCCCCUGCGCGACCUUACGGACAACUGGAACAUCGACCUCGCGGGCGACCUGGAGGAAUACCUGGAGGAGCUCGAGACGCUGACGUUUGCGUUCGAGGGCGACAACCCCAAGCGGAUGGACUUUAGCGAAGCCGCUCUGCUGAUUCAGGGGUCAGCAUGCAUUUACAGCAAGAAAGUGGAGUACCUCAGUGCCUUGGCGCUGAAGGCAUUUGAGUACAUCAGGAGCAGGAGUGCUGCAGAAAAGGAGAAGCGUGCAGCUGGGAAGAAACAUAGGGGAGCGGGGGGAACGCAACAUGAUGAAGAGGACUUUUUCAACCUGGGAGAGGCUAUGCAAGAGGGUGCCAACAUCGACUUGCCUUCUGACUACACCAACCAAAGGCCAUCCCCCAUUGGCCCCCCUGCGAUGCUGCUUGCACUUGACGACCCAGGGUUAAAGCAGCAGGGAGAUGGCGAUGGAGCAAAUUUCAGGCUCAACAAGUGCUUCGUACAUUCGUCUGGAGCCCUGCUGCUCGAUCCCCGGAUCGCUGAUGACUACGAUGAUGAGCUUCAGAAAAUAGUACACCAGAUAGAGACCUUCCAGUUCAAUCACCGGUCGUCUGGUUCAGUGCUGACACCUCCAAACGUGACUAGACCUGGUGAUGAUGGCUUGGGGGGCAAUAUUCUGGCGUUGGAUAUGGAGAUGCCAGAUUGGGGAGCACCUGAGGACCACAACAGCAACGCGGGUGCACCCCAGUCUCCAGGAAUUUGUGAUGAGCCAAGUCUGCAUGGUUCCAAUGGCUCACCAGACGCUGGUUCGGGGGCACACACGCCCCCCCCCCUGAACCCAGGGCAACCUGCACAGAAUGCUGCAUCCCCCUCAGGCUCGGAGUACUUUGAUCCCUACAAGCCAUUGGACUUUCAAGACUGCAGCGCUCUCCCCAUUCGCCCCUUCAAAAUGCGAGUGCCGAGGAAGAAGCGUUUCUCUGCAGAGCAGGCACCAGAUUGGGUUGACAAUGGCCUGCCGCCGGCUCCGCCUCGCGGCCUGGCCUUCUCUGAAUUUUCCUACGCCCUGAGAAAGACAGCACUGUUGAAAAGCAAGGAUAGUGAAAGGGAAGCCAGGCCACGGGGUCUGCUGGACUUGCAGGCUGGCUCCCUGGCCAUGGAUGGCAGGGCUGCAGAAGAGGAAUUUGAUGUUGAAGUUGGGACUGCCGGGGAGCUUGAUGCAUGGGAUGGGGACACGAAUCCCCUUGGUGUUGGAGCUGAGAGCACCAGUGACGGCGACGGGGAAGAUGGCUUCGGGCCAGAUGCGUUUGGACCACAGCAUGGGGCACAAAUGUGGCCAGGGGGUGGGCCAGACGACCUGGUCAACGAUGGCGACGGGGACCAGGCAGGCUACUGGGAGCUGUGCAGAAGGCACAUUGAAACGCGUGCAACCGCGGCCAGUGCUGGUGAAUUGCAGACUGAAAUUGCCGCCCGUGUUGCAGACUGGAGAGACAGGAUUGAGCCUGUUCUGGAGGAGGAAUACUCAAGGCAGGAAUUUGACCUCUGCCAAUAUGAGCAGGCUGUCUUGGAACGACUGGCUGUGUUGAGCCUUGUGGGUGGAGGGGAUGGUACCCUGAAAUCGACAGACGACGCAGUGCCCUUUCAUAAUGCUCUCUCACACAGCGUGCACCAUGAAGUGCCCCGCCGAUUUUUAGCCACGCUACAGCUCGUCAACGAUGGGAAUGUGAAGAUAUCAAAAUGGGAAGAAGACGGCAGCCAGGUGGUCUCACUGACGCUUCUCAAACUGGGGCUUCGUUAUGGAGAAUUGCAAGGAGGAUUUGCACAGCUGCAGGUUGGCGAUGGCACUGGGGAAAACGCUUGUUCAGGGCAGCAAGCAGAUGAUCAGGAAAUGGCUGUCAUGCCCCCAGCACAGAAGAGGGCACGCCGGCGAGGGGGGGCAAGGAAAGGAAGCAGACACUGA